CUGGGGCUCCUGCCGGCGCCCAUCUGUCUUUCGGGACCUGGCGGCGUCCCCGGGGCUCGCUGGGGUCGGAGGAACCGGCGCCUUGUGUGCCCGCCGCCUCCCGGCGCCUGCCCGCGGCUCGGGGCCCGGUGGGCGUGGGCACCUGAGUGAGGGAGGCGUGGCGGACGCGGGUAGUGAGAGUUGGGCGCCCUCGGCUCGGCUCGGACUCUUCUACUUCAGGCUAGUAGUGAAAUCUGCUGACAGGGCUGAGGGAGUCGUUCGGCGGAGUCAUCUGCAGGGGCCCUAGUCUCGGAAGACGGACUGUGCGUCCCUCGGCUGGGACCCUGGCAGAAGCCCGCCUGGAGGAGCGGGGCUAGAAGGUUCUCCAUCUUCCACAAUGGGUGAGCCACAGCAAGUGAGUGCCCUUCCACCCCCUCCAAUGCAGUACAUCAAGGAGUAUACAGACGAGAAUAUUCAGGAAGGCCUCGCUCCCAAGCCACCGCCUCCUAUAAAAGACAGUUAUAUGAUGUUUGGCAACCAGUUCCAAUGUGAUGAUCUUAUCAUCCGUCCCUUGGAAAGUCAGGGCAUUGAACGACUUCAUCCUAUGCAGUUUGAUCACAAAAAAGAACUGAGAAAACUCAAUAUGUCCAUCCUCAUUAAUUUCCUAGACCUCUUAGAUAUCUUGAUACGGAGUCCGGGAAGUAUAAAGCGAGAAGAGAAGUUAGAAGAUCUGAAGCUGCUUUUUGUCCAUGUGCAUCAUCUCAUAAAUGAAUACCGGCCCCACCAAGCCAGAGAGACCCUGAGAGUCAUGAUGGAGGUGCAGAAACGACAACGUCUUGAAACAGCCGAAAGGUUUCAGAAGCAUCUGGAAAGAGUGAUUGAGAUGAUUCAGAAUUGCUUGGCUUCUUUGCCUGAUGAUUUGCCCCACUCAGAAGCAGGGAUGAGAGUAAAGACUGAACCGAUGGAUGCUGAGGAUCGCAACAAUUGCACUGGACAGAAUGAACAACAGAGGGAAAGUUCAGGUCACAGGAGAGACCAGAUUAUAGAGAAAGAUGCUGCCUUGUGUGUGCUCAUUGAUGAAAUGAAUGAAAGACCAUGAAGAGCAUUUCUUUUUCUUUGUGCUUUUCUUUUUUUCCUAUAUUAAAGGUUGUUAUAUGUUAGUUCAUUUGUAUCUGGACAGUCUUAAAGGAAGUAACCAGAAGUUGUGUAAACACUUGACUCCUUUAUCUCUUAAGAAAUGUGAGGCAGUGAUUUCACUUUACACACAUGGGGGCAGACAGUGUGCCAGCAUUACAAGAGAAAUCACCUUAAAAAAACAAAGCAAAGUGUGUGCUGCUGUUUUGUGGAACAUUCUUGUUUGGGAGUUGCAGUAAAGUGAUGAAGAUAUCCUCAGUAAAGGCAAGCUUUCCUCCUUGAAAAGUAGAUUUGUAAUUGCUUAAAGAAUGAUAGGUAAAUAAAGGAUAUCUGUCUGUAAAUGUGAAGUCUGUAGCUGGCUUACUGAGCAGUGAGCGAAAGGAACAUUGCAGUAGGCAGCCCCUAGCUGAGUUAGUGUAGUCACAGUUGAUUUCAUUGAAAGGACACUGCAUGAUGUCGCAUAACAAAAGCCAAGGAGCAGUCAAGGCUGCAGGGGCUGGCAGGUGUCCAGGGCAAUGGGACUCAGGCGCCAUCCAGACCCUCUCUCCAGUGUGGCUUCUCACUUUUAGCUUCAUUCUCUUUAUAAACUGACUUUCUUCACAGUGUGGAUGGAGAAAAAGGCUGUCCAGAGUCUCCAGUGUUAACACUUCAUGCAACAUGGUCUGGAAUUUGGCUUUCAGUGCAGAUUAAGAGAAAAGGUGGAAUUGAUUAGUACAGAGGGGGGAGAAUUAGGGGUGACAUAUUUGAUUUCAACUGAGCCCAUCAGCCGGGUCCUGGUCCUGUAAGAUGGGAGUGUGUCCAGGUGUGGGAGGAGGGAUGCGCCUCUCAGUAGAGAGGCACUAAGCAGACACAAACAGCUACUCAAAACUAAGUACUUGUACUUUUGAUACAAGAGCAAAAUAAACAGGUUGUACUGCUCCAUCUUCUCCACACCUGCCAGAUUUCUGCUUUACCAUUUAUUUGUUUUUUCACUGUAUAUAUUUAAUAAAUGUUGUCCUUUUAGGCCUGACACUUAUCGAGCUUGUAGGCCUGGGAAGUGGAGAUAGAAGUAAAAGGAAAGGUAAAGAGAAAGUGAGUUACUGAAGGGGGUUACUUCAUGCCUGAGCCAUGCAUACAUCAUAACACUCAGAAGGAUCUUGAUUUUAAUUAUUUUUCCACUGCCUACUCAAAUGCCUCGUCACAUCUUUUAAAGUCAUGUAUACAUUUGUCAAAGGUUUCGGAAGAUGACAUCAUAUGUUGUGCUGUGUUUCAGAGAAAAGUCAUGUGGUGGGCCCCGGAUUCACUGGAAACAUGAAAAGUUGGCAUGAUUUGAAAGAGAAAGGCCUAUGGCCACUGUGCAGUGAGGGAAGAGUUUGAAGCUGAAGGUGCAGACAGGGCAGUUAGAGUUCAAAAGGGCUUUGGUUUUGUCCUCACUGAGAAGAAAAUCAAGAGUAAAAACACAGGGCUUAGUUGGCAUUGCUUUAAUUCCUUAUAUCCAUCAUGUCAUUUCAUCCUCACCACAUCCAAUAAAAUUAGGGUUCUUUUCCAACCCUAUUGCAGAUUUCAAAGCAGAAAGUUAAGAGAGGGUAAGUAAUUUCUUCAACUAACCAGCUGUUGAAUUGGGGAGUCAGCAUGGAAACUCUUGUCUUCAGGUGUAAGCAUCAGCCUCCAUCUGUUGUUCCACCCCUCACUGCAUCACAGUGUCAGCAGUCAUUGGUCAUUAGUAUUGGCACCAAGGAUGGAAUCCAGGACCUUAGCCCUGAAGCCCACACUCCAUGAUUCUGGACAGAGGAAGGGACAAGUUCAUAGAACCCCUUCUGUAUAGUAACUGAAGAUGUUAUACAUGUAGGUAUAAUCUUAUGAAAGUUUUAUGAAGUUUUAUACC